GCGACAAUCAUCACGACAGCGCCGGACGACAGCCAUGGCACCUAAGGCGGAUAACAAGCAAGGCAAGACAAAGCCCAGCGACCGCGCUGGCGCUGCUGCCAAGGCAGUCCUGAAGGGUGUAGGCGCGCACAAGGCUCGCAAGGUCCGCACUUCCACCACCUUCCACCGCCCUAAGACCCUUGAGCUCUCCCGGUCGCCCAAGUACCCCCGCAAAUCGAUUCCUCAUGCGCCUCGUCUCGAUUCCCACAAGGUUAUUCUCUACCCUCUUAACACCGAGAGUGCAAUGAAGAAGAUCGAGGAGAACAACACUCUGGUUUUCAUCGUGGAUGUGAAAGCGAACAAGCGCCAGAUUAAACUGGCUCUUAAGAAGCUUUAUGAUGUCGACACCGUCAAGGUCAAUACUCUUGUCAGGCCCGAUGGAUCCAAGAAAGCCUUCGCUCGGCUAACUCCUGAUGUGGAUGCUCUGGACAUUGCGGCUACCAAGCUUGCCAUUGUCUAGACGAAUCAUUUUUUAUGGGUCAGGUGAACUUGUUUUUUUUUUAACGCGGUAGCUUAUAAGUCCUGGUCAUACAGUUAGCUACCCGUGCUGCAACGACGGCUGAAUGAUCGUUACAAAAAUUGGUGUCAUUUGAAUGCAUAAUCUGAAUCGAUCUGGGUAGUGUAGGCCUUGAGAUUUCUUUUUUUUUUAUUGGUAAUCUUAUCUAAAUGUACCUCUACGUAACCGCUCCAUGGAAGCAGGCAGGCUUC